AUGUUUGGCAGCGUCUUCCUUAACACCUCUGCCGUUGCAGACCAAACCAAGGCUGAGGCGGCAGCAAAGGUAAAAGCUGAGGCGGAGGCAAAGGCCAAGGCUGAUGGGGAAGCAAAGGCCAAAGCGAAAGCUGAGAAGGAAGACAAAAUCAAAACUGAGAAGGAAGCCAAAGCCAAAGCCAAAGCUGAGAAGAAAGCAAAGGUCAAAGCUGAUGCUGAAGAAAAGAAGAGGGGGAAGUCUAAAGCUCAACAAAAGGCGGAGGCUGCGCAAAAGGCCGCUGAGGAGCAGCUCGAACGAGAAAAGGUGCUUUUCGAACUGGAGAAGGCGCUGUUCAAACAGGCACAAGAAGUUGCAGCAAAGAGGGCUAAGGAAUUGGAGGAAGAAUGGGAGGAACUAGAAGGUGGUCUGGAGGAAGCCGAGGAGAAGAUCCACCAUCUUGAAAAUAUCCCAUGGCACCGGGUAAGAGCCCAGCAAAAGAAGGCCGCCAAGGAACGCGCGCAGGCCCGCAAAGAGGCAAAGGCUGCGCAAGAGCGCCAAAACCGUAUUGAUCGCGGGUUGCCUGUACCGCCAUUGCCAACGGCAGAGGAAAUAGAAGCCCAAAAGGCGGCAAAGGCGGCCCUUUCCGAAAAGCUCAAGGGUCGUACCAAGCGUACUGCCGUUGAGCAACUGCUCGGAACUGGAGGUCUGCAGGCCUACAAUGAGGAGACCAUGACGAAUCAGGCCGGCCAGCCCAUACCCAACGACUACGAUUGGACCUGGAGACAGAAACAGUUCCGUGAAGAAGAGCGAGCAACAGACCGUAUUGAUCGCAUGAUCGGUCGCAUGGUCGACGAGGACGACGACAAGAUACAAGAACAGUUGAAGCUGGACCGCAAGAGAUACGCUGCAGAACAAAAGAAAUAUCUCCUCCGCACCGGCGGCAAAGCUCGUCCUUCUGCCAAGAAUGCAUUCGCCAAGAGUACGCACGUCAUUGGAUCUGGCAAGCCGAACAGCUCGGGCAAGAGAACACGAUUCGCUGACAAGGUGGUUGUCAAUGAAUUCUCCAAGUCCGCCCCCGUGACCUAUCGCCAGCGUCGUUCCAACACUCGGGCAUUGGCUUCGGACAUUGCCCUCUUCUUGGACAAUGAAGACGAUCCUGCUGGUCUGUUUCGCGGUCUUUCGGGUUACUUUGACGAUGAAGUCAUUGACACGGAUGAGAUCAUUGACUUGGUCGUAGACGAGAUACCCGAAGAUGGAGCUUCUGGGGAUUCCAAUGAUGGCUUAGAUGACAUGGCCGUCAUACGCCCUGUGGAUUUCUUGAACGAAGAAGAGCUUGAAGACGAUUCAACUGAUGAAGAAUUUGACGGGGACUAUGAUUUGACGGAGGCUCUCGAUCCGGUAGAUGCAGCUACACUCGAUGAUUACUAUGCAAUCGAGUGGCUCAACAAUAUCCUGGAAGACGCUGUCGAUGACAUAUUUUUGAAGGCAUCAGACCGGGUCGACCCGAGUGGCACUGCAGACGGAAUCGAAUUCGACCUCCUUCGUAAGCAAGUCAUCCAUGAAAUCCAGCAGGAGUUUGCCACAAGACUAUGGUUAGAGGAUGACGCGGUCAGCACAAAGCCGCACUCGAUCGAUCUGGUACCAUUUGUGAAGGAGUUUGGCCCGUCCUUUGGAAAAGUACUGGAAUCUGCUACUAGGAAGUCGGCUGUCAUGUUUGCCAAGAUGGCUACAGCUCGUUCUGGAGCUCGUAAGCGGUUAAGAAAAAACCUAGACAAAAUCGGCCGCCGCCCAGGUGUGGAUGUGUCGGGGCGACUUGACUUGUUCAAUGAUAAUGACGCAGCUGAUUCCAGCGGAUCAGAGACGGAGCCCGAGUCACCUACUGGAAGUGUUUCCAGCUCGAGCGAGUCGUCUUCAUCCGACUCUUCCUCCGAGGCACCCGACCCCAAGGACCAGGAAAGUCUUCUCGAGGCCACGCUGAAAGCCAUUCAAACUGCCCUCAACAAUGGCGGGGAUGACGAGGAUGAGCCAUUUGAUGAAGAUGCCCUGCGCAAGGCUUAUGGUCCGGAUUGGCGACGCCGCUUUACGGACACCUUUCGCGAAAGUAUUGGCCAAAAAGGGGCUAAGAAGACCAAAGGAUCCAAGGGCAGCAAGAGCACCAAGGGGACCAAGAAAGAAAAGUCAUCAGGAAAAGGUGGGGCCCAGAAGACAACCAAGGUUGAGUCUGAUGAGGAAAGUGAUGAAAAUGAAGCUUCUAGUGAGGAAUCUAGCGUAGAAGAUUCCAGCGAGGAGGAGUCCAGUGAGGAAGAGUCCAGCGAGGAAGAGGAGAAAAAGUCCAAGACAGGGAAAUCAACAAAAAAGGGCACGCCGGGCCCGAAGAUGGCGACGAAGGAGGAGGAGAAGAGUGAUGAGGAUGAAUCCAGUGACGAGUCUAGUGAGGAAUCAAGUGAGGAGAAAUCCAGUGAAGGAGAGGAGGGAGAGGAAGAAGAAGAAGAAGAAGAGGAGGAGGAGGAGUCCAGCGAGGAGGAAUCCAGUGAAGAAGAGGAGGAGGAGGGGAAGGAGAAUAAUGGUUUCAGAAAUGUUCAACUGGUCCAAAAUCACGGUCUAAAGACAUCAAAUCGAAUACGGUCGGACGCGCCUGAUUUUCCAAGAGUCAGGCUUGGCAAAGACGGCGAGGCAGUCGGCACUGUGCAGGAAGAGAUGGAUAGAGACUCGGGUAAAGUCCUUGAAGACGCCGACCAAAAGGAGCGAGACUGGUCCACAGAGUACGCCAGAGCAACGCGUGACACCUAUGGUCACCAUGACUUGACUGGGGGGCUAUUGCAAGGUGACCGGAACUUUGAUUAUGACAAGCGCACAAACACAGCCCCGGACAGGUAUUGCGAGGAACCAACGAAAUAUAAUCCUCUGGAUAUCAAUUCCCAGGAUACACAUGUCAUAGGUCAUUCGGGGCCGCUAGAUCGCGAGCACUAUGACGACGACGAACUUGAGGAUAACAGUGAAGACGAACGGGAAGAGGACGUUUAUGAUGGUGCCGAAGUGUCAGAUGCACAAGAAACCGAUUCCAGCGAAGAGGACGAAGAGGAAGAGGAGGAUGAGGAUGAGGACGACGAAGAGGAAUCUGGCCAACCGGUGACGGCAAAACGAGCUCGUGUCUAUGAGCCUCCAGGGCACUAUACACUGGUAAAGAAGCGUAGGGUAUCCGUGAGCGACGUCAUAGACAACGCUGCGCGACUGUCGGCAGAAGUGGCUGCACUUGAAGCUUCCAUCUGGGAUCCUACGAUUCUGCCAAAAUACCGUCCGUCCAACAUUUCCCUGGUCGAGCUGGUGCACUGGCAUGUGCGGGUGUCGGAGGCCUUCAAGAAGCUCUCCUUUGGCGCCGACGACAGCGGCGGCUUCUGGACCCGAGAGCGAAAGAAGAUUCUGGACAUUGGUGCGGCACUCAGCUACCGAGAGGCUCUGGAGGGCGGCGGCGCAGGCGAGGACUUUAGCCAAGAGGUCGAGGAUACGGACAUGGAAGAUGAUCUCGAGAGUGCCGUGGCAGCACAACUCGAGGGGCAACAUGAAUACCGCCUCGGGACAGGUACGCAAAAUUCCCUGAGAUGGCGUGAUUUGAGAGGCAUUGGCCUCGAAUGA